UAAAUCUUGGCAGAAAUUUCACAGUAUUCCAUUCAAUUGGUUGUUGGUUGGUUUUGUUUUCCGUUAUAAAAUCGUAAAAAUUGCAAUAUUUAAGGAAAAUGGCUGCAAGAUUAAUUCAAAAAAUUGUUGGUUCUGUUCCGAACUCAAGCCGUGCUUACUCAUCUAAUGCAAAAAAAGUAACAUUAAUUCCUGGUGACGGUAUAGGUCCAGAAAUAUCUGCCGCUGUGCAAAAAAUUUUUGCAGCUGCCAACGUUCCAAUUGAGUGGGAGCCUGUAGAUGUCACGCCUGUUAAAGGUCCUGAUGGAAAAUUCGGAAUUCCACAAGCAGCUAUUGAUUCUGUUAACACCAACAAAAUAGGACUCAAAGGUCCUUUGAUGACACCAGUAGGUAAAGGCCAUCGUUCACUUAAUUUGGCACUGCGCAAGGAAUUUAAUUUGUAUGCCAAUGUAAGACCAUGCAAAAGUUUGGAGGGUUAUAAGACCCUCUAUGACGAUGUCGAUGUUGUCACCAUUCGUGAA